UUUUGAGUGCAGAAUCUUAUCCGUUAUACCACGUACAAAUAAAGACUCAAAUAAGACUUUUUUAUUUGCUUAACUAACAAAAAAAUACUUUUUUUUGCUUAACUAAAAAGUCACCUAAAUGUAAGGAAAAAUGUAACUUUCCUUGUAGUACAUAAGUCAUGUGCUGCUUCUGUGCAAAACGUUCCGAAAUAUGAUGUUCUUCCAUAAUGUAGGACCACAAUACCGCAACUUCAAAUUACGUACAGUAUACGCUUUUGGAACACUUGUACCGCAGGUGGCAGCACUUCUCGGGACGUUCGUGUGGGCCAGUGCAACAUGGCAUGUCAAUACUGACGACACACAUUCUCAUCAUCUCAUUUGCUUACCACUCGAUUAAGCACUGGUGUAUAAAUAGCCACAGGAGACAAGCAUAGCAACACAAGAAUCUUCUACCGUGAUGUACUCUGGAAAUCCAGCCAGACGUUGAGAACUCUCCCUCAAGCCGUCUCGCAACAGCUUAUUUAGCCCACUAUGUCCAGGAGGCACAUAAAUAUAUCAGCCGUCAAACGUCUACUCUUACAGUUUCUGUUGGAAACAGUAAAUAACAUGAAGGCUUAAUCCAACGAGACCACACACUGCCUGUCGGACUAAAAUACAAGAAUAAUAGACUAUAAUCAACAUCACGUUUUGAAAAAAAAAUAUAUAUACAAGAUUUUCUCUUGAAGUGAACGUCUGAAACAAUGUCGUUGUUCAGUCGAGUUACUGGCGGUAGCGGACUGACGGAGGAGGACCAUCGCUUCUUGAAGUUAUAUAAAGUGCUGGUCACUGAGGGUCGUUAUGCUCUACAUUUAAUAUUUAAAUGGGGGUGCGUAAGGGAUGAGACUGUGCCUCUAACCGAAUACCUCAAAGGUAUGAAAAUGAGUAAAAAUGAUAUAAAAAAAUGUUUUCGAGAUUCCACAAUGAGGGACAAAAUGAAGAGCAAUCCUUCAGGAGAUGAGUUUGACAUAGCUUUAUUAUAUGUUUGUAUUGAAACCACCUGUUCUGGCCUUGCUGACAAGGGAGCCCCAGAAUGGGAAGGAAAAGACCACUCAAAGUUGGAAUCGGUUUGUAGGUGCAUUAAGAACUUAAGAAACAUCUACGUCCAUAAUCCCCCAGUACUUGCCGACGAUGCCAUUACGGACACUAAACUGCAAGAAAUUCAAGACUUGAUUGACAAGAUUUUAACUUUGGGAGGGGUUAAAUACGGCCGUCAGCCGUCUGAAGUCAAUAAAAUAAAAAUGUCAGUGUUAGAUAACAUUAAUAAAAUAAUGAACACAUCUCUAGACAUUAAAAGUAUUCAGCAGUAUCAAGCUGAAAUAAAAGAUCUUAGGGACAUGCAAAAGAACAAAGUACUUAAUGAUGGGAAAUCCGAGCUUUUUUCUAAAUAUGAAAAUAUGUCUAAAAUUGAUCCAGCAUCAUUUAUUUCCGGCAGAGAGAGACUGCAAGUUGCAAAAGUCUUUACUCGUCUUGAAGUUACCCGAAAUCAGGCAAACAAUACCAGUUACUGGGAGGAUGUGGAUUAUGACUCGCUACUGGAUCUAACAACCGAAGAUGGAAGCAAGCCAAUAAUUACAGUGGUGGAGGGCGAGGCUGGUGCGGGUAAAACAACCUUGGCAAAGCUGAUUCUAGAUAAAUGGAUGAGUCAGAAUGCGUCUGGCGACACGUCCACCUUCCAGGGGCUCCAGACUUAUGAUCUGGUUCUUUAUGCUGAGGCUAGAAAUAAGUCAAUCUCCAGUUUCCUGUCUUUGCUGACAGUGCUUAUGUCACAGGCAUCCUACUAUUUGUAUGAUGACGAUUUAUUAAAGUCUGUGCUUAAUCUCAAUGUUUUGCUCAUAAUUGAUGGUCUUGAUGAGCUAAACACAGCCUCUGAAAGACUGAUAAAGGAUAUAUCGGAUGAACAAAUUCCGAGGAGCAAUGGUAAGCUUCACCUCCUGAUUACUACAAGACCUAAUAUGCUCCCUGAUCUCCCCACCCUUCUCCCUAAUCAAUCCACCGUUCACACCAGGCUUAAAGGAAUUACGCAGGAAAACAGAGUUGAAUUUGUAUUAAAGCUUCAUAAUGAAAUGAUAACGGAGAAUCUAAGCAAUCAAGUCACUCAGGAAUUAGUUGACUUUAUGAAACAGUCAGAGUCACGUCUUGGGGAACACUUUCGGUUACCCUUAAACUUGACUUUACUGACUUACCUGUGGGCCUCUGAUCCUCAACAAGUCAACUCCCUCACAACAGCCACAGGUCUAUACAUUGCUUUACAAGAGAUGAUCAUAACCCGCUUGUCGACAAGAAUCAAAGAUCAUAAUGGUUCUGUUGAAUUUCCUACUGACAAGUUAAAGAACCUUUGUGAAGAGUUCUUAAAAUGUUUAUACGAUGUUUGCUUAGAGACUCAUUCUCGUGGACACAUGCAACUGUCUAGAGACUCAAUAAAAGAACUAGAAAAUAAAAGUAACGAUCUGAAAUUACCCUUUAAUGAGAUGUGUUCUGCCUUCCUUGCUGCGGAGAGUGAAUGGACCGCCAAGGGUUAUAAGAUUGAUCUUUUUGUGCCACACAAGAGUAUAAUGGAAUUUUAUGCUGCCUAUGGAAUUAUGCUGGAUAUUAUUGAGAGUAACAAUCCACAAUCAUUUAAAGACGAGAUAGAAGAAAUUUGCCGGAAACUCAAAUUAUCUUCAAAAAUCCAAUCUGAGAUGUUGGAAGAAAAACAGCCAAAAAGCAAGUCAUUGAGUGACAUACUGAAGACUCGAGGAAUUGACCUAAAUUCAGACAAAGUAAAAGCAUCUAACUAUCAAAAUGUGUUCCUGCAUCUGAGUGGACUUUUGGCUCAUAAGCAUCGAGACGACUUGAAAACGUAUGCAAAUGAGCUGGUGGCCAUCUUGAAAGAAGCAAAGAUGAAGGACUCUCAGUGGCUGGACCUGGUGGUGGAGACAAGGUGUGAUGACCAAAUGGCUGUUCUCAUUGCCAAGGAGAUUACGAAACAACUUGUGGUCCGUGAUGGCCACACUGGAGCAGCGCUCAAGAUGUUUGGUCAUUUGGAACCCAAUAUUCCCGUACAAAUAAUCCUAGAAAAUGAGGUGUGUUACAUCCCCCAACUGGACGAGCUACUGGAUGAACUCUCUGGUAGGGAGUGUCAGGUCGAGUUUUUCCUCAGGCAUCAGUGGAAGCACAGGGAAUAUGGUACCUCAGACAAACUCCUUCAGCGCCUCACCAGCGGCACGGGACAUGAAAGGUGCAUCGUGUAUCGCUUCACAGGAAAUCUGGAACAUUUACAAGUGUUGCCCAAUACCAUAGACAACCUUCGCAUCACUUUGACUUGUAAUGAGCAUGCUACAGCUAUCUGUAGCGAGCUGGCUACACUGGUUCGGAAGCAAAAAUUACACUACCUUGGUGUGCAUGUGAUGGCUGGAGUGUCACCCGAGUCCUUGAUACCACUGCCGGUAAUAAAGGCCAAAAAUGGUGAAUGUGGCACCUUGUGGAUAUCAGACGUGAGAGACGACAUGGUGGACCAAGCUUGCCAGGUGAUCCGUGCACUCCUGCCUCCUGGAGGACAGUACCAGAGCGUGAUGUUCCCACGAAGCAGCAUUAGCGAGCCCAAGUGCAGGGAGCUGCUGGACAUGCUGGUUAAGGCCGAGGUCAGGGUGGCUAGGAAUGGCGGGAUACGCCUCACAUCUCCUGCCAUUGAUAUGGAUAAGCUCUACGACCUAAAAGAAUGGGCAAGGGAGAAUCUCGGCUGCGAAUUUUACUGCAGUGAUGAGUCGAGCAUGUGGUGAGGAAGCCCUGCUGUGCAUCGUUAGAGUGAUGAGUUGCUCAGGCAACCUGUACGUGAGAAGGCCCGGAAGGUGGAGUUGAUCCUACUAGAUAACAUAUUCGACCUCACGUCAUAACGGAAGGUCACCGUAAAUGAUAUAGAUACUAUUGCCGAAUUGAAAACGAAGGUAAACAGAUUGGUUGAAACUCUUAAUGCUAAAAGGUUUAUACUUCAAGAUCCACAAACCUGGAAACUUGCUUUGUCCAAUUAUCAGCAAGAUACCAAUACCCACAUUCAAGAACAGAAAUGUGACCUUUCCCAAGACUAAACAGAAGAUAUAGCUAAUCAUAUUCUACAAAAGCAGAAGACACCCAACUUGCUCAUGAAGAACUCUCCCAACGCCAAACGAAAUGUCUUAAAAAGAGCUGAAUGUUAUUUAUGCCUUUACAUGCCCAAUUCGGGACUUUCAGACUCAAUAAUUUCAAUAUAUAUAUAUAUAUAUAUAUAUAUAUAUAUAUAUAUAUAUAUA